UGAAGGGCAGCGCCGGCGGUUCAUUCACACCUGGGCAGGUGAGCGGAGCACCUGGAGCGGCGCGGAGUCCGGGCAGGCAAGCGGGCCGGGGACGGGACGGGACAGGACAGGCGCAACUCGCAGACACUCUGAGCUCCAGCGCUACCAUGGGCGACGUUGCUCCGCAGUCGUGGUGGAAGUUCGCCUUCAUGCGCAAGAAGGGCGGCUCGAAGGUGCUGAGCGAGUUGGCGGUGGAGCCGAGCAACACUGACAGCUCCGACCGAGAGGCCAGGGGCGACCCGCAGCUGGAGGCCAGGCUGGAGAAGAUUGUGGACAAAAGCACCAAGGGCCGGCACGUCAGGGUCUCGCACUCCGGACGCUUCAAGGAGAAGAAGAAGAUUCGCUCGAGUCUGUCGGAAAAUCCCGGCUUCUACAGUCAGACGGAGACCGCGAGCAGCGCCGAGCCGUGAGCCGCCCGCCUGCCUGCCUGCCCGCCUUCCAUCCAUCCACCCACCCACCGACUGUCGCGGCGACCGACUCCGACACUGGACUGUGCGGGGCUCCCAGCACCAGGGCUCCGGGCAGGCCUGGCAGAGAACCCGCAACAUCACCAGCAUUUGGGCUGAUUCGACAACAACGCGCGCAAAGGGUUAACGUCCAUGCACUUGACUCCAGCACCGUUUUGGUAAACCUGCAUCUGCAGUUCCACUUGAUGGAGUCACCCGGAAUGUAAUCAAGGGGUUAACUCGCCGCUGCUCUCGGAGUUCAUUUCCCGAGACCAACAUGUAAAGAUCGGAAGAAACUUCACUGCCCGAAGUGGACAGACUAUUUCAAAAACAAACAGCGCCAAGACUGACUUCUCAAAAGUCUCUUUUCACAAAGUAAUUGAACUUUGGAAAACAUAUGGAUUUUCUAGAGUGUGAUUUUUGGGGACUGGCGCGAAAUGAACACUGCACGGUGCUGUCCGGGGUGGGAGAAAACCGGGGAGGGAGGGGGUGGGAAAGAACUGUUCUCUCGCCAGUCUGACUGUCCCCGA